UCCUUCCCCCCCGCGCGCCAGUCUCCCGUCUCCGGUGCGGUGGCUGGGCCCUGUGUGUGGCCGCGCGUCUCUCCCCAUGGCCGGGCGGCUCGUGCUGUGGCUGCUGCUCGGGCUGGGCCCGGCGGGCGGCGCCCACAUCAAGAAGGCGGAGGCGGCGGCGGGCGAGGGGGAGGCCCCGGGCCAGGCCCCGGGCUACCUGCGCUCGGCCGAGCUGGGCGCGGCGCUGCGGGCGCUGGCUGAGGGGGCCCCGCCGGGCCUGGCCCGGCUCUUCAGCAUCGGGCAGUCGGUGGAGGGGCGGCCGCUGUGGGUGCUGCGCCUGACGGCGGGGCUGGAGCCCGCGCGGCCCGAGGCGGAGCCGGGCGGGGCCCCGAUCCCCGGCCGCCCGCAGGUCAAGCUGGUGGGGAACAUGCACGGCGACGAGCCGCUGGGCCGGCCGCUGCUGCUGCGCCUGGCCCAGGAGCUGGUGUCCGGCUGGGCCCGCGGGGACGCCCGGGCCGGCCGCCUCCUCAACGCCACCGACCUCUACCUGCUGCCCAGCCUCAACCCCGACGGCUUCGAGCGGGCCCGCGAGGGCGACUGCGACGGCACGGCCCCGGGCGGCCGCGAGAACGGCCGCGGCAAGGACCUGAACCGCAGCUUCCCCGACCAGUUCGGGGCGGCCCAGCCCGACCUGGAGCCCGUGCCCGAGGUGCGGGCCCUGAUCGCCUGGAUGCAGCGCAACAAGUUUGUGCUCUCUGGGAACCUGCACGGGGGCUCUGUGGUUGCCAGCUAUCCCUAUGACGACUCUCCCAUGCACGAGCCCAAUGGAAUCUAUAGCAAAUCAGCUGAUGAUGAAGUGUUUAAAUACCUGGCAAAAGCCUAUGCUUCGAACCACCCGAUAAUGAAAACUGGCACCCCAAACUGCCCAGGGGAGCAGUUUGAGACAUUCAAGGAUGGCAUCACCAAUGGAGCUCAUUGGUAUGAUGUAGAAGGGGGGAUGCAGGAUUACAACUACGUUUGGGCCGACUGCUUUGAGAUCACUUUGGAGCUGUCCUGCUGCAAGUACCCAAUGGCGUCCCAGCUUCAGCAGGAAUGGGAGUAUAACCGGGAAUCUCUCCUCACCUUCAUUGAGAAGGUCCACAUGGGAGUAAAAGGGUUUGUCAGGGACUCGGUCACUGGGUCUGGCCUGGCAAACGCGACCAUUGCUGUUGCUGGCAUCGAUCAUAACAUCACGGCGGGCAGACUUGGGGAUUACCACAGACUGCUCGUGCCUGGAACUUAUAACAUCACAGCAGCUGUCGUAGGUUAUGUGCCAAUGACUGUAGAGAACAUUGAGGUGAAAGAAGGGGCUGCAACAGGGGUGGACUUCUCCCUGCAACCUACUGUCCUGGUACCUGUUCCUGACCCUACGCCAGCCCCCGCCACUGCUGCCCCAGGCUCCGCUACCAAUGCCACUGCCACAGCGAAGGCCGCAAGCCCAACUUCUCUCCACCAGCCGCUCCAGCCUGAGGACUUUCGCCACCACCACUUCCCUGACAUGGAGAUCUUCCUGAGGAGGUACGCCAGCGAGUACACCAACAUCACACGCCUCUACUCGGUGGGCAAGUCAGUGGAACAAAGGGAGCUGUAUGUGAUGGAGAUAUCGGAUAACCCAGGCGUCCAUGAACCAGGUGAACCAGAGUUCAAGUACAUUGGGAAUAUGCAUGGGAAUGAAGUAAUAGGCCGAGAACUGCUUCUGAAUCUCAUCGACUAUCUCUGCAAGAACUUUGGAACGGAUCCUGAAGUAACAGAGUUGGUGCUUAACACCCGAAUCCACAUCAUGCCCUCCAUGAACCCUGAUGGCUAUGAAAAAUCCCAAGAAGGAGACAGAAGCAGCACAGUUGGCAGAAACAAUAGUAACAACUAUGACCUGAACCGGAACUUCCCAGACCAGUUCCUCCCAAUGACCGACCCACUGCAGCCAGAGACUCUUGCUGUCAUGAACUGGCUCCGGGCCUUUCCGUUCGUACUCUCUGCAAACUUGCAUGGAGGUUCUUUAGUGGUUAAUUACCCCUUUGAUGAUGAUGAGAAAGGAAUAGCCAUCUACAGUAAAUCACCAGAUGAUGGUGUGUUUCAGCAGCUUGCACUUUCUGUUUUUCAGGAAAAUACUCAGAUGUACCAGGGCAGCCCUUGUAAGGACAUGUACCCCAAUGAGUAUUUCCCCCAUGGCAUCACUAAUGGGGCUCACUGGUAUAAUGUUCAAGGGGGGAUGCAAGAUUGGAACUACUUAAACACAAACUGCUUUGAAGUGACCAUUGAGUUAGGCUGUGUGAAAUACCCAAAUGCUGAAGACUUGCCAAAAUACUGGGAGCAGAACCACCGAUCUCUGCUCCAGUUCAUAAAACAGGUUCACCAGGGUGUCAAGGGAUUUGUGCUGGACGCCACAGCCGGAAGGGGCAUCUCAAAUGCUACUAUUAGCGUUGCUGACAUCGACCACCCUGUCACCUCUUACAAGGCUGGAGACUAUUGGCGCCUGUUGGUUCCAGGGUCUUACAAAAUCACAGCCUCCGCCCGAGGGUAUAACCCGCUCACCAAGACCGUGACCGUCGGGAACAGAGGCGCGGUGCAAGUCAACUUCACUCUUUCACGAACAGAUUCCAAAGUUGAGGAGGGGAAGAUCCCGGUCAUCACCAAUGAAGACACUAGCGAUCCCUCUGCCAAGGAGUUUGAGACCCUGAUCAAAGACCUCUCUGCUGAGAACGGCUUGGAACACCUCGUGCUAACCUCUUCAAUGGAUGUUUCUCCCUACCGCUACCAUCCAUACAAAGAUCUGUCCGACUUCCUUAGAGCCCUCAACUUGAACUACCCUCAGAUCACAAAUCUCACUAACUUGGGUCACAGCGUUGAGUACCGUCAAAUGUGGUCCCUUGAAAUAUCCAACAAACCCAACCAGUCUGAACCCGAGGAGCCCAAGAUCCGCUUUGUUGCUGGUAUCCAUGGAAAUGCUCCGGUUGGCACCGAACUGCUCCUGGCAUUGGCAGAGUUCCUCUGUAUGAACUACAAAAAGAAUGCAGCCAUCACCAAGCUGAUUGACAGGACAAGAAUUGUGAUUGUGCCGUCCAUAAAUCCAGACGGGCGUGAGAUCGCUCAGGAGAGAGACUGCACAUCCAAGACUGGCCAAACCAAUGCUCACGGCAAAGAUCUGGACACAGACUUCACAAGCAAUUUCUCCUCAUACUCUGGGAUAGGAGAGCCGGAGACCAAAGCAAUCAUUGAGAACUUGAUCCUGAAGCGAGAUUUCAGCCUCUCUGUUGCACUGGAUGGUGGAUCUCUCCUUGUAACUUACCCAUAUGAUAAACCCGUGCAGACAGUGGAAAAUAAAGAAACUCUGAGACAUUUAGCAUCUCUGUAUGCAAACAACCAUCCGUCAAUGCAUCUAGGUCAGCCAGGCUGUAAAAAUGAGUCAGAUAAGAACAUUCCAGGAGGUGUCAUCCGGGGGGCAGAAUGGCACAGUCACCUGGGCAGUAUGAAGGAUUUCAGUGUCACUUUUGGCCAUUGCCCUGAGAUCACAGUGUAUACCAGCUGCUGUUACUUCCCAAGUGGUGGACAGCUCCCCAGUCUGUGGACCGAGAAUAAGAAGUCUCUCCUUAGCAUGCUUGUGGAGGUUCAUAAGGGAGUCCAUGGAUUUGUUCAAGACAAGAGUGGCAAGCCAGUGUCUAAGGCAGUCAUUGUACUCAAUGAAGGUGUGAGAGUAUACACAAAGGAAGGUGGCUAUUUCCAUGUGCUGUUGGCUCCGGGUUUACAUAACAUCAGUGCCACAGCUGAAGGAUAUCAGCAGAAACAUGUCUUGGUGCAGGUGCGCCAUGAUGCCGCCAGCUCCGUGGUGAUCGUGUUUGACAUGGAUAACAGGAUAUUUGGCCUUCAAAGGGAGCUUGUGGUAACUGUAGCAGGUGCCACCAUGUCAGCUGUGGUCCUCACAGCCUGCAUCAUUUGGUGCGUCUGCUCCAUCAAGUCCAACAGGCACAAGGAUGGCUUCCAUCGCCUACGGCAGCACAAUGACGACUACGAGGACGAGAUCCGCAUGAUGUCCACCGGCUCUAAGAAAUCGCUCCUGAGCCACGAAUUCCAGGAUGAGACAGACACUGAAGAAGAAACAUUGUACUCUAGCAAACACUGAUAGACACCAAGUGGAAAGGAAAGCUCCCUAUGGACAAGCCCUACAAUGGGGGGCUGCUCUUAUGCUUCAGAGAUCUGGAACGUUAGCUUGCAGAAUGUGUAAGCUCCAGAGACGUGGGUGGCAGUUCUCAACCUCCCGUGUUCUUUUUUGCUCCAUUCCUACUUAUGCACGCAUCGGCUGAUGUCAGAGGCUGUGAACGCUGUCAGGUUUCUAGGUCGGGGGUUAGAGUUCUAUGUAAUGGAAACACUUGGAAGGUAACUUAUUAGUGUGUUCUGGCAUCAAGACUUGCUAGCAGUUUUCUCGACAGUCCAGCCUGGCGUGGGGAAAGUGGAGUAAUUACCAAAUGCCUGGCAGGGUCCAUCCUUCUAAGCUUUAAAGCCAUUAUUUAUCUCUACCUUUUUGAUUCUUUUCACUCUAUACAUUUUGGGAAGCCUUGAUCAGUUAUGGCCAAGACUUCAGCUGCGCUGCCAGUGAGUGGCUUUAGAAAUGGACAAUGAGCUUGGCUUCUGGUUGCUCCAUCCCACUCCAAGGGUGCAGAGGUACUAUGGCCUGCUCUGCUCUACUGCAGGCUUCUGAAGUGUUUGCAGGGGAAUAAGUUUCAGUUAGCCUGUCCAUGAAAUUGCCUCUGUAUUGAAAACUGACAGGUGGAAUAAUGUAGUCCAGGUGUGAAGCUCUCCACCCAAAGUGGGAGAGAGCUACAGUUAACGCAGUAGGAGUUGGGUGUCCGGUAGCUGUGCAACUCUGCCAUUCUCUAGUUAAAAGAAAAUCCUCAGGUUCAUUUGAACAGUCUUGUACAGAACCCCUAUUGCUUCUGGCUGGCCAUGUAGCCGAUGACACUUAGCGUUGCCUGUCUGAGAAUGAAGACUAGCUAGUAACCCAUGAGGGAGGAGUAACAGCAGCAUGACAGGAUAGCAUGCUCAGAGCAACUCGAGAGGGUUUCCAAGCAGAUGGUGGUAAUUGCUCACUGUGGAUAUUGUCUAAAUGCUGCUAGUCACUAAUGUGCCUGCUCUGCCUUGUUCAUGUCUGCCGGAGUUUGAAACGCACUUAAACCUGCCCACAGCCCAGUAAACACAGCUAGUAUUCUGCAGCAGCAGUGAGAGCUCGUGCCAUCUCCAUGACUCAGCUUCAGUCUCAAAUACCUGCAAGACUUCGAUUCCUCUCCCAGGUUCAUCUGAUACAGAAAAAUACCCGUUACUGACCACUGCUAUUGUUAAAAGCGGACCUCUUUGCUCCUGUAUUGAACCCUGAUGUUGCCUGACAUCCAGCCAGCAGGAUGGGCAGGGCGCUGAAGGACCACAAGCAGAAUUCCUUUAAAUGUCCUUCCUGCUCUUUCCUAGUGAAAUGGCUGCUGUCAGUGACCAGAGUACAUCUGGGGUGGGUGUGUGUGGAGGGAUGUUUGGAUAGCACUUGAUGUGUAAACAGGAGCUGAGUGACGUGCUCUCUACCUGAGAGAACACUUGGAUUCAAAACUUAGUUAUUGUUGGCGCUAAAAGGCUCCUCUAGAAAGGGAGGAAUCUGUGCCAAGAGGAGCUAAAUCAAACCUCCUGAUUUCCAAGGCCUUUGCCUGUCUUUCCAGUGUGCCUCCCCUUUCUGGGGAGGGGACUAGGGCCCAUCAGCAUGAAGCAAAUGCCAGUAGUGCGCACUUCACGAGUAUAGUACUUGCAGGAAUUAAAUAGAGGAUGCAGUAAACAGGCCAGGCUCUUGCCUGAAAUGAACGAUUCGCUGGCGGAUCCACUCAGGAUAUUGCAGCCUGGAGCGAAGAAGGAAAUCCUCUUGUAAGACCCAAGGUCUGAGGUUCUCCAGCCUUUGCUGUAUGCACCCACCAGGCCCUCGCAGCCCUUGUGGAAAUGCAGCUGACCAGGGAACCAGACAGUUUAGAUCUGUUUGUAACCCACCAGUUGUUGCUGAAAUACUAAAUUCUGCAAAAGGUUAAUGGUGUUUGUUCACUGCCUUUCCUAUUAGUCACCCCCCCUCCCCCCAGCUUCUCCGAGAACUUCAGAUGCUAACAAGCGUUGGGUUGGAGACCGUUCUUGUCCCACGUUAUUGGGUGGGAGGUAUCCGAUUGAAUGGGGGAAGGGUGGGCAUGCGUGUUGGGACCUGGAAGCUGUCUUGUAUUUGUUGGAUGGAAUGGAGUUGAUAGUAUUAGCUCUGCCGCUUGGUCCUCUGUCAAGAAGUGCAGCUGUACUGGCAGUGUUCACACUCCUCUCCAGUUACCCAGAGAGACUGGAGCUUUAUGGUAUUUACAUCCCCAACUUGUGUUCAAACCAUUCCAUCAGCUACCCCGUCAGGGAGAGUCUCCAGUACAACUUGGGUGUGGCUAUAAGCUCUCCUCCCCCAGGGUCAGGGCUGGGUCCAGGGUUUUGGCUGCCCCAAGCAGGCCCCCCCCAAAAGCCACGAUCGCGAUCUGCGGCGGCAAUUCGGCGGGAGGUCCUUCGCGCCGGGCGGGAGUGAGGGACCGUCCGCCGAAUAGCUGGACGUGCCGCCCCUCUCCGGAGCGGCCGCCCCAAGCACCUGCUUGCCAGGCUGGUGCCUGGAGCUAGCCCUGCCCAGGGUAUCUGUGUGAAACAUCAGCCACGCUCUGACACCAUUGGUUUGACUUAGUAGAUGAGCGAGUGUCUCCACUGGAAAGCUGUGAACACUGCGGUCCAGUGGGGAUGUGAACUGAACUCUGGGUAAAAAGAACUAGGUGUAGCCCUUUUCCCUUUCUUAAAACAAGGCUUCAUAUUGCAAAAGUCUGAGGUAAUUCUGCAGAGUAUGAGGCUAUUUAUGCUCCUCUUUCCCCGGGACGCACCCCAUACGUACCAGACCGACCUACUCCCAGGCUGUAUUGUCUGCCAUCGGACUGUCUCCAAGGUACUGGCUCCACGCAGCUGCCAAACUCAGGAGAAGAUCAUUGUGGAAAUGUUUUAACGUGGCAUUUCUUAACCUCUUAACAGAACAAUUUGCAAAUAUGCUGUUAAGUAUGUGCUGGGAGCAGGCAGGAGGCCCUCUGUGAGUAGCCAGGCUAAGCAGGGAGCUCCUGCCCACCCUUAUACCACCGUGUUAAGGACCUGCUGUUGCAUCGUCUCUCACUCUUGCAGGGACCACACAAAUAGCAUGUCAGGGUACAGCUGUGCUGAAUAAAUGACUUUGCUCCAUUUCUUCUGCUUUCAGCCUCUUAUGCAGGAUCCAGUGGCCUAUCACUCAGUAACAUUCAGCCUGCCUGAUUUCCAGAGGUUUUGCUUUCAAGGUCAAAAGCAGAUCAAGGGGGAUUUUAUAUUAAAGUUGACUUCUCAGAUUCCUCUCCUGGCUCUCACUUUUCCUGCUUUGAUCCCUGGUUCUGCGGGGGAGUUGGGGCUUCCUCGUUCAUAUGAAGAUGUUCUCCCUCUAAAUCAAACUUCUGCCCCCCAAGCAAUAAAUGGUGUUAGGAGUCUACAGGCAUUUCAGAGCAUUGCAUCAGCCCUUUCCGGUCACAGAAUGAGUUUUGAACUAGCUACCCUAGGUGAAUGUGUGAGGUAAGCAGGCGUGAAUUACUGUGUAAAUACCUGUGGGCGAGACUUGUCUAAGCUGCCUGGGAUGCGUCUUUGCUUAGUUCUCCAUGGGCAAAUGUGCGGCUCUUCUAUGGCAAUGACAGCUGGGUUUUUAACUGAUUUUGCUGAACAAAGUGCCCUCUGCACCCCUGUUUGCAACACCCCAUGCCAUCCUUUGACAGCCACUGUCAGCAAACCCCCUCCCCUCCCUUUCUGGAGGUGCCAGCACCACCCGCGUGCACUUGUCUCUGGAGUGCAUAGGUCCAUGCACUGUGCCUUCAAAAGUAAACUUUUAAAAAGGGACUUCAAACAGUUGACUUUUAGGUUAAAUAAAAGAAACCAAUCUGUGUGCCAUGUGAGACCGAACUUUCUGUACGAGGAGCGUGCUCUGUUUUUUACGUGUAUACUGAAAUCUAAUACUCUAUUAAAAUUAUUUUGAUGUCUCUUG